GACAGCCAGCGCCACGGUGGAAGACAACUCUAGUUGGUACUGGGACAAAAACAACCACCAUGCGAGCGCUCUUGUUUGUUUUGACGCUCGCAGGGUCUCUGGCGUCAGAUGCUCCGGUUCCCGUCCACCUGGGACCACCUUCGCUCGUCUACAGCUCGUCUUUCCGCUCGGUGUGCAAGCCCGUACCGACCACCCUGUCUCUAUGUCACGGCAUCGGCUACCGUCACAUGCGGCUGCCCAAUCUGCUGGGGCACGACUCUCUGCGGGAGGCCCAGCAACAGUCUGCCGCCUGGCUGCCGCUCGUCUCCAAGCUGUGUCACCGGGACACUAAGAAGUUUUUGUGCUCUUUGUUCGCCCCAGUUUGCGUGCCGGACUACGGCGCGCCAGUUAACCCGUGCAGGAGUCUGUGCGAGGCCGUGCGCGACCACUGCGUUCCCGUCAUGAGCGCUUUCGGCUUCCCGUGGCCCGAGAUGUUCAACUGCAGCCGAUUCCCCCGUGGGACCCAACUCUGCAUCCCGCCGAGCGGGGAGCAAGGUGUGCGGACCACGGAAGAGUUCACCCACGAGGAUGCGCUCAAAGGGAGUGUGAUUUGUGAUGCCUGCAGCCUGGCAGCAGAGGGAGAGACUGACAUCCAGGACAACUUUUGUCAAAGUCCAUAUGCAUUUAAGAUGCGUCUGGGCAGUGUGUCGACGGUGGGUGGAGACCUUCAGCUGGUGCCUUUGGCCCGAAGCCGCAUCCUGAGGUGGGCAGGGGGAGGUGCAGAGAGGGCGGGGAUCGGAGGUGCGAUGGCCCACAAUGCUCUGUGGCUGCAGGAAGGAGGAACUUGUGCGUGUCCAGGCUUGGACUCGGCAGACAAUAGAGAGGAUGGUUUAGGGGGGAAGGUCAUGGACAAAAAGUUGAAAAGAGUCCAGGAAGGCUGGUACUUGGCACUGGCUCGAGCUGAGGAGGGAAGGCUUGUAUUGACACGACUGGUGCGCUGGACGAAAACUGACAAAGAACUGAAGAAGUUCAUUAGGGGGAUCCUGAAACAACCCUGUCCUGAGCUGUAGUUUUUAUUUUAUUAACUAGCAGUCUUUUCUCUCUGCCUUGUGCUGUUCACAAAAAAACAAAACUGUAAAUAACCAAAGGAAUAAUCCAUAUGCAGACUUUUUAUAUAAAGAAGUGUGAAAAGAAACAGACUCCAUUCUGACUACGACUUUAAUCAAUGGUCACGCAUUAACUUUUCAAAGGUGCUAAGUGGCUCAAGGUCCCGGAACACAUCUUUUUGUCGGAAUUGCAGUGGGAAGAAUAUUUUCACUAAUGUUUGGCCCUUUUGUUUACCUUACAGGUUAGUUAGUUUUGAAACAAUAGUGGAGCCAUUUUGACGUGGGGAUUUUGCAACUGACCUGGUGGUGUUUUUGUGUCCCGUUCUUUCAUUUCCCACUA